CAAUUUGAACUGGAUUUUUUUCCUGGCCCUGAAGUGCGCUGGACUGCGUAUGUAAACUUCACACACGUUUUAUAGCGCAGUCUGAUCAGUGAAACAGAACUCGUCCAUCAUGGAUAUUCUGGGAUUAGCUGAGGUUCCCGGAUGGUUAUUGACAAUCUUUCUUCUCAUCCUCUCUCUUUACUUGUAUUCGAAGUAUAAGCUGAGUUUUUGGAGCAGACUUGGUGUGCCCCACCCAAAACCUACACUGUUCCUAGGGCACGCCAAACUGAUGAAAGAUGGAAUUGGAGAAUUUGACCUGAAGAUGCUUUCAACACACGGCAGAGUAGUAGGGACAUACGCUCUUCAUAGACCCACCCUUCUGAUUUUGGAUCCGGAAUUAGCACGUGACAUCUUAAUCAAGGAUUUCUUCAAGAUCCCAAACAGAUCACAAAUGUUUAAGCGACACGAUGAUCUUGACCACUCCCUGACCAGACUGACUGAAGACAAAUGGCGCUUCAUGAGGAACACAAUUUCUCCAAUAUUUUCAUCCGGGAAAAUGCGAAAGAUUUCACCUGUCCUCACCGAGUCGUGUGCCAGACUGCUGAAGAAUGUUGAAAACGAAACAAGUCAGGGGCGUUCAAUUGAGUUCAGAGGAAAAUUCGGAAAUUUUACAAUGGACGCGAUUGCUACAAUCGGAUUUGGAAUUCAUUUGGACGCUUAUGAAGAAGAAAAUAGCGACUUUAUAGUGAACGCAAAAGCGAUUUUCGACAACUUUAUAGGCUUCGGAGUAAAGCUUAAUGCCUUCAUGCCGCCCCUGUACCGCCUUCUCUGUAAGUUAGGGGUGGACGUAGACCGUCAAAGCAAACACGUCACAUUCUUCAAAGGAUUGCUGGAGCAGGUUACGAAAUUGAGAGGGGAUCAACAGGAUAGGGUUGAUAUCCUUCAGCUUUUGUUGAAUGCUCACAGAGAUACAGAAGUUAGUGACACAGAGGAGUUACUUGAAUAUGAAGACAAAAACGGCCAUUGGAAAAAGAGAGGACUAUCAAAGGAAGAAGUGAAUGGAAACUCAGUCCUGUUUAUGAUUGUUGGAUACGAAACGACGGCUACAACACUGGCGUUUGCUGCGUAUUGCCUAGCAACGAAUCCGAAAUGUCAAGAAAAAUUGAUCAUGGAAAUUGAUUCAACCAUUGGACAGGAGACACCGGACUAUGACAACAUACAGAAGAUGGAGUAUCUGGAUUGUGUUAUCAAGGAGACAUUGCGCUUAUAUCCAACGGUGCAGAGGACAAUGCGGGAAACUCACCAGGAAAUGGAGAUUGCAGGAUACACGAUACCCCCAAACACACCGGUGUCGGUCCCCAUAUAUGCUUUUCACAGAAGUUCAAAGUACUGGGAAGAACCCGAAGUAUUUAACCCCGAGAGGUUUUUGGAAAAGAACAAGUCCAAGUUGACGCCAUAUACAUACCUUCCUUUUGGACUGGGGCCGAGAAUAUGCAUUGCUAUGAGAUUAGCUUACAUGGAAGCCAAAUGUGCCCUGAUAACAAUUGUACAGAAAUACAAGUUCAUACCAUGUGAACAGACGGAGAUUCCUCUUGAGGUUGAUGGCAGAUUUCUUCUGAGGCCGAAAAACGGGAUUGUUUUAAAACUGGAGAAAAGGGAAACUCGAACGUGUUAGUAAACUUGCAGACGAUAUACUCGUGGAAAUACAGGUACCUGCACGGAGAAGUCGUGAACCGAUUUUAACGCAAGCAGAGAUAGUGUAGCCACAAUAUUACGAAAAGCAUAAUGCAAUAUGACUAUGUGCCAUAUCCUCAUAUCUUUAAAUUAUAUGUUAUGUUCUUUAGUUUACCUAUGAUAAAUUUGAUUUUCUGAAGAUUUAUAAAAAUUUUCUGUUUUAGUUUUUUUUUUUUGCAUUGUAUCGAUAUAUUGUGAUUGCAUUAUAAAAAUUCAAUUUGUAAUCAUUAUAACAGUUAUCAUCCUUUAUCUAUACAGAAUUUCACAGUUAAGUAUUUUAUAGAUUAAAUAUAGUUUACAUUGUAGUCCUGUCUUUAACAUACGUAAUUAUAUCAAACAUGAAAAUAAAACCCCCAGACAAUUCACAUACACUGUUCGUUAUCUUCACCUUUCAUACAUCUUGUACAUAUAGAAUAUGAAAAUAAAAAAAUUAGAUAAUUACAUGUAACACAGGAAAAUACAUCCACACAGAUAAUUCAUAUACAAUAUGAAAAUAAAAUCACAAAUAGUUUACAAUACUUACAAAAUACGAAAAUAAAAUCACAAAUAGUUUACAAUACUUACAAAAUAUGAAAAUAAAAAUCACAAAUAGUUUACAAUACUUACAAAAUAUGAAAAUAAAAAUCACAAAUAGGUUACAAUAUUUACAAAAUAUGAAAAUAAAAAUCACAAAUAGUUUACAAUAUUUACAAAAUAUGAAAAUAAAAAUCACAAAUAGUUUACAAUACUUAUAACACAUGAAAAUAAAAUCACAAAUAGGUUACAAUACUUAUAAAAUAUGAAAAUAAAAAUCACAAAUAGUUUACAAUACUUACAAAAUAUGAAAAUAAAAUCACAAAUAGUUUACAAUACUUACAAAAUAUGAAAAUAAAAUUCACAAAUAGUUUACAAUACUUAUAAAACAUGAAAAUAAAACAUCCCAGAUAAUUCACAUAUGAAAUAUGAAAAUACAAAACAAUCGCAGAUAAUUCACAAUGCAUUUAAAAGCUACCUUAAACAGGAGUUGGGAAUCAAAAUAAUGUUGGAGAUAAGUCGAUUUAAAAUAUGUGAAGUUUCUGCAAUUUGUAAUAAUAUCUGGUUAAAAGCACCGUAACACUGCUGCUGAAAUGAUAAAGAUCUUCUAAAAUAUUAUAUUUUGGCGCUAUUAACCUGAAUAAAAUAAUCAGAGCUCUGUCUUGUAUUUCGUUUGGUCACCUCAUUUACAAAAAUCUGAAAACAUCACAUUUAUGUUAGAUAAAGUAUCGUAUUAUUUUCAACUUGCGCAUCAUACAAAAAGUUUGUGAUUUGUAUCCGGUGAUGAGCUUUUUUAUUAUUUAUCUAAUUUUAACUUUUUAAUCUUGUUUUCACUUUUUAUUUCUGCUUAUCUAUAUGCAGAUAUAUUAUUUGCUUUUUUCAUAUUGUCACUUUUACUAUUUUCUCAUAACUGUAACCAAUUGUUGUGAUUAAAAUCAAUAUACCUAU